ACUUCAUGCAACUGUUUUGCGGAUCUUUCAAAAGUGUUCGUCACAGCUGACGUCCUCUUCCUUUGUUGAUAUUUUACGAUACGGCUACAGGACCUGUAUGCUUAUAUUAAGAUAGUAAACUAAAAAGGCAUAAUACGUGUCAACUUAGUUUUCACUAAAACGUUUUAACAAAGAAUUCUUUGCAAACGUGAUCAAAAAAAUGACAGCUCAACCAGAAUCAUUUCAAUUCAGUCCUCAAUGGAUUAGGGAAUUAUCAGAUGAUGCAUUUAACUCUAGAAGACAACCAAGUCAUAGUCCAACCGAAGGUCGGGUUUCCAGCAAGUCUCCCAACCUGUUCUCAAACUUCGUCCAGAAACAUUCUAAUUUUUCUGUCCCCGGGGAUAAACGAAAAGAUACGGUUGUAGGUAAAGUUUCGAAACUUGUGUGGCCAGGUGACACCAUUUGCGCUCCUUCUGUAGCUGAAACGGACAGGCACGUUUCUGUUAUAAACGUACUAUAUUUAUGUUGUUAUUUAACAUGAAAUGAGAUCAGGGUUUGGGGUUAGUAACGUAAGCAUUUUUAAUACAUACAGAUUGAGCUCGAUCUAUCACAGUUUAUUCUUUAUAUCAAGAAAUCUGAUUUCAACACGAUCUGUUGUAUAUCUCUUAUGUAAAUCAUGUUAUGACACCUUUUAUUCUCCAUAGUGCUUAUUAUAUCCUGUCCUGUCCCUAUUAUUCUUUUAUGGAAAGAAAUAUAUGAUAGUGCAUUCCUGGUGGUUUUUCCGUCCUAAAGGUUUCUUUGCAAGUUUCAUUAAAUGAUUGUAAAGUUAAGAAUUUAGGAUAAUGUUAUACAGACCCUACGAACUUUAAUUUACCUAUUCAGCUUGUCCAUCCUUCCACUUAAAAUACACUUAAGCGUACUGCUUUAAGUUUUCUCCCUGAUUAUUUCAGUUUAGUCAUUAAUACCUUAACGAUUGUCGUUCCAAACCCAGAUAUCCUACAUGGAUUAUAGUGCAGUAGGACACCAAAAUCAUAAAGCAAUACCAAAAAACUGAAAAUAUUAUAAAAUAGAGAAAAUGGGAAAGUGCCGUACAAUUGGUCAAUAAGUGAAUGACAAUAUAAUUGAAAAGACAGCCAAGAAGAUCCACUCACCUAAAAGGGUCUUUCUCAUCUCUGUGGAUUUUGUAAUACGAAAUCAUGAAAAGACUCCCCUGUGUUUUCCCCCAAGACAUAAUAUCGUCUCGUUGGGUUUUACUCCUUAUUGUGACAAGUAAAAAUUGGCUACAGUUACAUCUUCCUUUUAGUAUUAAGCUUGUUAUUUAGUAGUUUUCUUUUCUGUUCUGAAUUACACUUCAUGUAUUAGGUUUUUCAUGCUCGUAUGCGUUUAUCAUUUUGGUGUUUUCUACAACUUUUUCUUCAUCCUAAGAGAGAAUGUAGCAACUUGAACCCUUAUUUAUUUAAUCUGAAUCUUGCUUCAUAUCUUUUCCGACCUGUUUCACAGUCAAGGACAACCUUCCACAGAGGUGACCAAACAGUACUCACACUGCAUACAGUUUUCUGAUUCUAUAUAUGGUCAAAAAUCCAAUGCCAAUCAAGUCAUCAAUCCUGCUAGCCAUUGUGUUGAUACCAACAAACAAGCAAUGCAAUGGACUCAGAAGUCCUCUAUAAUUUCUCCUUCCGAACCGUGUUGGCAACUCCACUCAGACUCCGGCAUUGAAACUUCCGUUAAUAAAGUAUCAGAUACAAUAGGCCUGAAUACAACAGGUCAUUCUUUACCUUCAUCGAGUGCCCGACCUCUCGAAGUGCAGCACGUAGGAGGUUCUCUCUUAUCAGGAAAUUCGUCAGUUGUAAGCAACCCAACGUUGAAUAUAAAUUCUAUUUUACCUAAUGAUGGUAUCCCAGUUCCCCGAUCAGAUCCAUAUAGUCACAAUAAUAAUGAUUCGUAUAAUAAUCAGAGUAAACGGGCUGUCAGUGCUUAUUAUGGAAUCAAUGAUCCAGACAAGACCUUAGAUUCCAGUGUAAAUUCAAACGCUAUAUGGAUGCAGCAACAUAUAUGGUCAAAGUCUGUUCCACAGCACUUACAUGGCUUUAACCCUAUUGAUUCCACCUCCAACUCCGUAUCCAACUUCUGUGGAGUUGCCGCUACAGAAACUAAUAGACAUUCUAGCUGCAGCGUUCCUGACGCCGAAAACAUACAUGGUUUCUUUUCACAAUUAUCUUCAUUUGAUCGACUUGUUCAAUCAAAUUCAAGUCAAGCGUAUCCGUUGUCGAAUAGCAGUGUUCAACAUCCUCCUAAUAUACUGAGCGCAGAGAAAGGUUUCGUUAGACGUAAUGGAUCUGACCAGUCGGAUGAGCAUAUGUGGCUGUAUGAAGAUCCACAGGGUCGGACACAAGGUACUUUCAGUGAUGCACAAAUGAAUGAAUGGCUUAUGGCUGGGAUUUACUUUACUCCAAAUCUUCGUAUACGACGUCAAUGUGAUGAUACAUUUUCUACUCUCGCCAGUUACACACAGUUGUUUGAACGUGUUCCAUUUGUCUCUGGUCCUCGGAUACCCCCUAUUCGUGGAGAGAUCAAUCAAGCUAUGUUAGCUCUGUCUUCAUCUGGUUUCUUGAGUAAACCACAUUUUAAGAACUCCGAUAACCCUCCAACAGAUUUGUUACCUUGUAAUUCAACCAAUCAUGAUCAAUCAGAGGGUAGUAGAGUAAAUGCAAGUAUGGUUGGAAAUUCCACAAUUGACACUAGUCGUUCAUUGUUGUCAGAACCACAGCACCAGUUGUAUCAGCAACUUUCAGAUUUUUCCACAUCAGCUUCUAACGCUACAACGUCGGUACCUACUUGUCAAGUUACUGAAGAGGGUUUAAACACCACAAAUUCAAGAAGUCUUGCCUAUGGCCCUAUCAACACAUCAGUUCCUGUGAGUGUACCCAUGUCUUUGCUAAAUAAUUCAAUCAAUAAUCUGAGAAUUCGAGACAAUGCAGAAGCAGACUUUAAAUCUGUAUUGGACAAUCCUAAUAAUCUUCAACAACACAAACAGGCCAUUUCUUCAGCCUCGACAUUCAUGAACUUAACUUCUUUGAUUCCACUGAAUUCAUCCUUCCCAUCUUUUAACUUGCAGUUCCCCUCCAGACUUCAGGGCACUAAUGGAACUACUAUGGAUGAUCUUACUUCAGCAGCUAGUUCAUUUCUAUCUCCAGGUUUUUGGUCUGUUUUGACUCAGUACUUAAACUUGCAUCCCCCGUCUGCAAAUCAGACUUCUACUCCUAUGCAGCAGCUCGCAGAAACAGCGCAAUUGGCGGCUCAGCUCGCAGCAUUGGUUGGUUCUCAUAGUCCGGAUCAAACUCCUAUGCAGCCAUCUCAGGCGUUAGCUUUAGCGCAAUUACUGAUUACUCGAGGAGUCGGGUUGGGUAGUUUCAGCGCAGAAGCGCCUUCCUCUAACGGUUUGCUCACUUCUAAGAAGGAUAAGCCUUCUGAUAACGAAUGCAUUGCCAGUUCAUCGAUCUUCCAUACUUCGGAAAUCAGUGCUGUAAGCGAGCGACAUCAAGAAUCUCAAACACAAUGGCCUUCUCUUGGUUCUACGCUAAAUCAAAGUGCACCUCAUUGCAGUGAAGGGCGAUUCAAUCCAGCACCACUUAACAAGGUAUCUAGUGAGUUAUCUUAUGGGAAAAACUGUGAGAAAGACUUGUCAGUUAAUACUUCUGCUGUCAGUCAAAAUAUUCAUAGCUGUCGUCCAAAUUAUUUAGACAAGCCUCAAUCUACACUUUCAAAGCCAUCGACUAGUCCUCGACCAACUAAUGUUAAGUCUAAAAUCCAACCAGAUUCAACAUUAUCUGAACCUACCCAGUCAAUUUCUUUAGAUGGAUAUAACCGAACCCAGCAAAAUGGCCGAGGCCCCAAAAAUACUGAGGUUUGUUCCGGAGGUUCUGUGCGCAGUACAGAGCAGAAACAGACUGCAAUUAGUUCGUCUCGAACAGGGUCAACAAAUCAAAGCAGAGUUAAGGGGUCUAAAUCAAAUAACGUCCGGUCACCUACAAAGGCAGUCGUUCAGAAUAAUUCCUUGUCAUCCCAGGUAUCCUCUAGUGUGAAUAUACGUCCUACGGAAGCAGCUUGCACCUCAGUUGCAUCAAAUUCGGAAACAGAUCCUGACCAGACAGUUGAGGAUGAACUCAAAAAGCUUACUCAGUGGUGUCAAUCGAGGCUUGGUUCAAUGCCGAUGCGUGAAAAGGUGGAUAUUCCUACUGUUGUUGAGUUACUGGCUACACUAGAUGCCCCAUACGAAGUUGAACGAAUGGUCCAGACCUUUUUGGGAGAAACAGCUCGUACAGCUCAAUUUGUGAAAGAUUUUCUUGAUCGUCGUCGGCCAUUUUGGCAGUUGCAUAGGAAACGACGGGAACAAGAGAAUACAAUCCAAGAAUCAUCAGGUCAAAAUUCUAAUCAACCCACAAGUACAGUCCGGUCAACUGAGAAAAAGAAACGUACUAACCCGAAUGAUACCGCCACUAAUAAUACACAGCGCCAGAAUUCAAGCAUUUGCAAUGGACUGAGUUGGAAUAAAUCAGAUUCUACUCACUUAUCUAACAUUGAACAAAUUCAGGACAACCAGGUUGGAAUUCUAAGUAUCUAAGUUUUUGCAGUUCUUCAACUGAUCUGUAGUUUUUUUCACUCAUCCAAAUUUUGGUUCCUUCCCAGAAGAUUAGCACUGUUUUUGUUGGUUGAAACUCAGAAUCAAACCACUUCCGAACUUUUGUUAAAAUUAAGCAUUUUACUUGUGGAAAUGAAAAUCAGCUAAUGCUUGUUACGACGGCUGAUAGGAUAUUGGUCAUUUGUUUUCGUCAUAUGGGCUGAGUUAAGAUAAUCGAACUGAAAUUAAGAAAUUAUCUCAAAUUUCUUAUUUACUAUUACUCUGGAUAUUAAGUAGCUUGUGACAAACAAAGUCAUCGUUUGAGGAGCAUUACAUUCACUUAUUCGGAUGCAGUCAUGUUACAUUUUGGUAAAUACUAUUAUUGGUUUGAAAUAACGAAACCUGUAAACUACAUUCUUUUUACGCUGUCCUAGUGCCCUUCUACUGUGGAAUUUGCCUGUAAGGGAACAACAGUCCACAAUAUUUUCAAAAUUGAAAUAGAAAUAUUUAAAGCUUAUUGCAAGUGAAAUAACUAGUUGUCUCUUAUCGAUUGGUUAAUCAAUCAUAUUCAUAUAAUCAAUUCUGUGACGUUAGUCCUGAUUUUUGGUAACAACAUUGUACUUCCCCUCUGUUUUUGUCUAGAUAUGUACAAUUAAAUAGUGUAGUCUAGGCGGUAAACAGGAAAUAUAACUCCCCUAUCUCGGAAAUUAUAGUGUGAAAUGCCUCAAAUGCACUUCGUGUAAUCACUAGACAGAUUGCCUUCUUAAUACAUACAUCUUUAGUACCGUCAAUACUUUUUGAAAUAAUGACGUAUGUUGGCGAGGUAUUUUUCUAAAUCAUUUGGAAAAUCGAUGGGCCCAUUGGUACUAUUCAGAUAUACUACUGUGAAUCUCUUGCAGUAGAAGUAUAAAGGAAGGAACAUUUGAUACGAUACUUAUUUCUUAUGAGUUUUGUUCAUAGUGGAUGGUGCUUGUAGUAUACUGACAGUUCAGUUUCGUUAGACAUGUUUUUAACUGAAGUCUCGUAUUUAUUUGUGUAGAACGUUUUCGGGUGUAUUUUUGUAACCUUUUGCCCGUUUGUUGCUACUCAUGGAUACACUGUCUCAUUACACUUCUAUCUUUCUUCAGUGGCAUCACAUCAAACCUAAAGGAAGUCAUAAUCGUAAAAGCAAAAAAGACAAAUCUACGUGAAAAUGUGUACACCCUUUUCCACUUUUCUUUCAACACAACUGAGCAACUAGCAUCCCCAUGUUCUUUUGAUUCUAUCGCUUAUCUCAAUCGCCUAUUACUUUUUUUAUUGGGUGCUGUUAUAAGGAAUGUAAAUUGUCUACUUUUUUCUUCUUGAAACUUUUAUUCAUUCUCUAAUGUUAUACUUUCUAGUGACAUUUGUCUUUUUUAAAUUGCUUAUGAUAAUCGUGACAUAAUGGCGUUUUAUGUGCCGUCGUAAUAUUUGAGUUUUAGCUGGCUGUAAUUUCUCUUUGAUAUAUUUUCAAAGCUGGUGUUUGUGUGCGGUUUCCUUGAAUAUUAUUUUAUUUGACAGAUGAAUAUGUGUAUAUAUCACAAUAAUGGUUGCAAUGCAUACUUAUUUUCAAAAUUCGGUUUUACCUCCAGUCUAAGUAUUAUAUUAUAUAUAAAAUACUGCACCAUAAUUUAUGAGCUAAGCUUAUUUGUGUUAACCUGUCUACUCGUACACUCUUUCAAGUUUAAAAUAUUGAAUCAACCAUCGUUUCUGUACCAUCGUCAUUUUAGAAGCAUCUGGAUUCUCAAAUGAAACUACCGU